AUGGAAAGGUCUACAACUUCUGAUAUGGCCUCUGAAAAGCCUAAUCCUUCCCACCACAGUACAGGGGCUGUUCAAAUGAGGAUCAAAAAUGCCAACAGUCACCAUGAUAGACUGAGCCAAAGCAAAUCUAUGAUUCUGUCGGAGAACGUGAAAGUCACUGAGCCUGUAAAUCGUCACAGAAGAAAUCAUUCCCAACACAACUUAACGCUUGCAGACAUCAUUAGUACACAGGACCACACAGUAGUGGAGAAAGAAGGAUAUCUUCUAAAAGCUAAAAUUGCAGACGGUGGCAAGAAAUUAAGGAAAAACUGGUCCACGUCCUGGGUUGUUCUCACAGCUCGGAAAAUGGAAUUCUACAAAGAAUCCAAGCAGCCGGCUCUGGCCAACCUGAAACCAGGAUAUAAACCCGAGUGUGUGGAUUUGUGUGGUGCUCGCAUUGAGUGGACCUCUGAGAAAUCCAGCAGAAAGAAUGUCUUUCAG